AGCAAACGCUCUCGAGGAACAGCUGAAGGAGCAAGAGCUGAGAGCUGACCAAACACUCCUGGAUGAGAUCAAGAAGCAGAGGGAGCUGCUGAGCAAAAUGGAGAGGGAGAAGAGCAUUGAGAUUGAGAACCUGCAGGCCAGGCUGCAGCAGCUGGAUGAUGAGAACAGCGAGCUGAGAUCCUGCGUCCCUUGUUUGAAAGCCAACAUUGAGAGACUUGAGGAGGAGAAGCAGAAGCUGCUGGAUGAGAUUGAGGACCUCACUGUGCAGCUCACAGAGGAGCAGGAGAAAAAGAGGAAGAUGGGGGACAAGCUGAGUCAGGAGAGGCACCAGUUUCAGAAGGAGAAGGAAUCGACACAGGAGCUCAUUGAGGACCUCAGGAAGCAGCUCGAGCACUUGCAGCUCUUCAAACUGGAGGCUGAGCAGCGAAGAGGCAGGAGCAGCAGCAUGGGACUCCAGGAGUACAACAGCAGGACGCGGGAGACGGAGCUGGAGCAAGAGAUCAAGCAGCUCAAGCAGGAUAACAGGAACCUGAAGGAGCAGAACGAUGAACUGAACGGGCAGAUUAUUAACUUGAGCAUCCAGGGAGCCAAGAACCUCUUCUCAGCUUCCUUCUCUGAAUCCCUGGCAGCAGAGAUCAGCUCGGUCUCCAGAGACGAGCUCAUGGAAGCAAUUCAAAAGCAAGAGGAGAUCAACUUCCGUCUGCAGGAUUACAUCGACAGGAUCAUCGUGGCCAUCAUGGAGACGAACCCCUCCAUCCUGGAAGUGAAGUAA